AUUUUAUUGCCGUGUUUGGAAGUUAGCCUCGCCUCGGCGAAUUGUAUUUUAAAAUAGCAAUGACUGUGUAAAUUAACAUAAAAGUAGUUCAAAAGCAAAAUUACUGUACUGGCGGCAUAAAUCAGACAUUCUCAUCCAGCAAUGUCGAUUCCCUUACCGCCACAGACCACCCGGUCCAGUGGAGAUGGGAAGAAAACACCCCCCUCGUCUAUUGUAACAAGGAAUGGAGCAAGGAAAGCGAAAAUCCAAACCCGUGCAAUGUCUGCUGGAACCAAACCAUCUGCCUCUGUGAUAGCUGCUAAAAAGAAAGCCCAACAAAAGAAGAAAUUAACUGUUGAUACAGUAUUGCGUGACCCCUAUCAAAUAGCAAUGGAGUCAAAGUCGAAAGUGAAAGGUCCUACAGGAUUCGUCACCGAGCCUCGCAUGGCAGAGCAUCGCUGCCUGUGGGAUGACAAGUAUCCUGAAUGCCCGGAGAGGUUGAUUGGAGUUAUUAACCGGUGUCAAGAACUGAAUCUAAUAGAGCAAUGUGUGUCGUUCCCACCGAGAGCGGCGACCAAGGAAGAGCUGCACACUCUACACUCACCUUCUAUUCACGAGAUGUUAGAGGCCACCCAUCAGAACCAAGAUGAACAAUUUCUAGAGGAUUUAUCUUCAAAGUACGAUGCUGUGUAUAUACACCCUAGUACCCACGAGCUAGCCCUGAUCGCAGCUGGGUCCACGAUAGACAUGGUGGACCGGAUCGUGACCGGCGUGGUCCAGAACGGAGCCGCAUUCGUCCGGCCGCCCGGACACCACGCGAUGCGCGCUGAGCCCUGCGGCUACUGCUUCUACAACAAUGUGGCGCUCGCAGCGCACCACGCGCUGAGCGUGCGACAUUUACAAAGGAUAUUGAUAAUCGACUGGGACGUACACCACGGACAAGCAACGCAGCAGAUGUUUUAUGACGAUCCAAGAGUGGUGUAUUUCUCGAUCCACCGCUACGAACACGGAGCAUUCUGGCCGAACCUGCGCCAGUCCAACUUCCACUAUACAGGGUGUGGUCGGGGGGAGGGGUACACCUUCAACGUGCCGCUCAACCAAACGGGUAUGACUGACGCGGACUACAUCGCGAUAUGGCACCAAUUGCUACUGCCCAUGGCCAUUGAGUACCAACCGGAGCUGGUGCUCAUAUCGGCGGGCUACGACGCCGCGGUGGGCUGCCCGGAGGGUGAGAUGGAGGUGACGCCCGCGUGCUACGCAACGCUGCUCAACAUGGUGAUGAGCGUAUGCCCCAGCGUGUGUGUGGUGCUGGAAGGCGGCUACUGCGUCCGCUCGCUCGCUGAAGCGGCCGCGCUCACCCUUCGAACAUUACUGGGACACCCGCCGCCGAGGUUGCAGGCUUUAACCGAACCUAACGACUCAAUAAGAGAAUCCAUCCUCAAUUGCAUAUACGCACACAAAAAACACUGGCGCUGUUACAACUACCAACCCACGUACAGUAUAGACACGACAGUCGUCAAUGUAUGUGACAGAGACAAACAGAAACAUACAGUUUCAGUAAGGUGGGAGGGAGAUGAAACGAGACCCGAGCGUUUCGCCACAAGGGACUGCUAUCCUUUACAAGAUGACGCGACUAAACAACGCAUAAGAGAGAAAUUGGACCAUUUGUCAAUAGUGACAGAUUUGACGCUAGCUCAACACCCAGUGUGCUACAUCUUCGACCACGCCAUGCUGAAGCACAGGAAUAUAUGCGAACCAGGUCACGUAGAGAGCCCGGAACGCAUCUUGCGCAUACACGAAAGGCAUCGUGACUUUGGCUUGCUAGACCGACUGCAUCACCUGACCGCUAGGACUGCGACCGACGAAGAGAUACUUGCUGUGCACACGAGGAAACAUCUUGACAGGUUAAAAGAAUUGGCAAGUACAAAGCUAAGAGAUCUAAACAGCCUGAAGGAAGCGUACGACUCCAUAUACUUCCACCCUGACACGUUAGAGAGCGCUGCCGUAGCGGCAGGCUGUGUACUGCAAAUGGUAGACGCAGUUUUGUCCAACGUGGCCGGGUCAGGCGUGUGCGUCAUACGUCCACCGGGACAUCAUGCGGAUGACGAGAUACCCAGUGGCUUCUGCUUGCUCAACAACGCCGCUAUUGCCGCCAAAUACGCAAUACAGAGUCACGGGUUGCAACGAGUGCUGAUCGUGGAUUGGGAUGUGCAUCAUGGGAAUGGAACACAAAAGAUCACUUAUAAGGAUAAAGAGAUCCUAUACAUAUCAGUCCACCGUUACGACAACGGGUCAUUUUUCCCACAUUCACGCGACGCGGACUACACUGCGGUAGGUGAGGGCCGGGGGGAGGGGUACAAUGUCAACGUGCCUUGGAAUAAGCGCGGUAUGGGCGACGCGGAGUACAUGGCAGCCUUCACACAAGUGGUUCUCCCUAUCGCAUAUGAGUACAACCCAGACCUUGUGCUAGUCUCAGCUGGCUUCGACGCCUGCGUGGGGGACCCUCUUGGCGGUUGCAAAGUGUCACCGGAAUGCUAUGGUCAAAUGACCCACUUGCUAAAAGGACUGGCUGGUGGUCGAAUCAUUCUGUGCUUAGAAGGUGGUUACAACGUCACUAGCAUCUCUUAUGCUAUGACCAUGUGCACUAAAGCCUUACUCGGAGACCCAAUCCUGCACUAUUAUGAACCAAAACAUACCGUUCACUGGUCUGCAGUCGAAAGUAUCAACAAUGUAAUAAAAACUCAUGAAAAGUACUGGAAAAGUCUUAAAUUCCAUCUCGCGCUACCUGUAGAAGAUGUUUUGGAAAAACCAGCGCCAUCUAGAGGUUUAAUUACUAAUAGUUUGGAAACACCAAGCCAUUUGAAUGAUUCCAAAAAGUCAGAAAUUGAUACUAAUUUGGAAUGCAGCAUGUCGAAUUUGAGUUUGGAAGUGGAUAAUAAAUGUGCGGAUGGUAUACAUUGCGGUAGUGAUGAUGAAGAUGUUAGUUGCGCAAAGUCUAUAGCAGGAAGUGACUCAAAAGUUAAUGAAAGUUCGCCAAAGCUUAGCGAAACUUCAUCAAAAGGGAAUGAAAAUGCAACAAAAGUGAACGAAGAUAGAUCAAAAGUGAACGAAGGUGAAUCAAAAGUAAACGAAGGUGCAUCAAAAGUAAACGAAGGUGAAUCGAAAGUGAACGAAAGUGCAUCAAAAGUGAACGAAGUUGCGUCAAAAGUGAAUGAAGAUGCAUCAAAAGAGAACGAAAGUGAAAUGAAGGCGACUGAACCAACAACAUUAGUGGACUUUUUAUCAGAGAACAUGCAGGCUAUAGUUGACGGGGACAUGUUUGCUGUGGUCCCGUUGCAGUGGUGUCCGCAUUUGGACAUGUUAUAUGCAAUACCCGAGGGGGUGAAUUUUGAGCAAGGUGUCAAGUGUGUGGACUGUGACCAUACUGAGGAGAACUGGGUGUGCCUGCACUGUUAUAUUACGGCCUGCGGUCGUCACAUCAACGGCCACAUGCAAGCGCACUACCGCUCAUCCGGUCACGCCCUGGCGUUAUCUCUCGUCGACCUCUCCGCCUGGUGCAGCGCAUGCGACGCGUAUGUGGACAACGCAUUACUUUACGACGCUAAGAACAACGCGCACCGAUGCAAGUUCGGCGAGGACAUGCCUUGGUGCUACAAAACUGACAUUCAUAUGGAAUAGUUCCGCAAGACAGAGACGCACUUAUGACAAUUAUUACGAAAAACAAAAAAGACAGCAUACCUUACAAGUUACAGCGUUUUCCAUUGUGUACCGGGUUUUUCUUAAUGUACAAUACUGUACAACUAUGAAAUUAGAGUACUAUAAUGUUUAUCAUAGAUGUAGAAUAUUAUUAGCCUGUGCAGCUAUUUAAUUUAUUUUUUGACAUUAUGACAGCAUGCCUUACAAUGUUUUCAACAUUUACAUAACAAAACUGACCUUCAUAUUUAUAGAAUAGUUCCGGAAGACAGAGACGCACUUAUGACAAUUAUUACGAAAAACAAAAAGAGACAGCAUAUUUUACAACGUUUUCCAUUGUGCACCGGGUUUUUUUAAUGUACAAUACUGUACAGCUACUGUUUACCAUAGACUAUAGAAUAUUAUUAGCCUGUGCAGCUAUUUAAUUUAUUUUUUGACAUUAUUAUUAUUAUUAUAAUUUUUUGUGAUUCUGCCUUGGAUUUGUGACAAUAAUUUUUAAAUUGCAUUGUAAUAAAAGUUAUAACUUGUAUUAACAACUAAAAUAUUUAAACACGCCUAUUCAAUUAGUUGGCGACACAUGAAAUCUGAAUACAAGUUACUGGCUGAGAUCUAUUGAGUUCAGACUUAAGACACUGUUAAAACGAGACAGCGCUAUACCGCUGGCAUAAAUCUGUCUCGUUUUAACUGAAACUUAAGUUGUAAGUAAAGUCAAAGUGCGCUCUAUAGAUUUCAACCUUUGAGUACAAAAAUGGUAUUGUAUAUUGGAAUUAUUAUAUUAUUUCAUUACCAUGUAGAAAGUUGUUAUUGAGUAGAAAAAUAUGUUCAUGUCAAGCAAUAUUUUAAAAAUUAUUUACUAGGAAAAAAAAUAGUUAGCAGAAAAAUAGGUGACUAACAAUAUAACCUAUGCACAUUAUUAUUUUACUUAUAGGUACAUUUGUGCAAAAUUUUGUAUUUUAUGUAUAUUUUUACAGUAUAACGGCAUUUACUGUGUCAAGUAAACUAUUUAAAUGUAUUUUAAUUAGAGUACCUAUUUUAUCUACUUCUGUUGAACAUAUUUCUACAAAACUUAAUUCUCUUGAUAUAGAUUUUAAACUAAAUUGAAUUUGCACAAUAAUAAUUUGUAAUGCUUAGAUUAAUGAUUCAUUUAAAACGUAAGUGUUGUAAAAUAAAACAAUAACCAUACCUAGACAUUUACUUUGUAGUAUUAAAGGAAAAAAUAACAAUUAUUAAUUAUCAUCUAAGAUAAAAAUUAUGAGUAAAAAAUAUUGUAAAUUAACUUAUCUUUAAAAAACAAUACAACUAAAAUUCUGUCGUACACAAUCUCUAAACUGACAGGGAUAAAUCUAGUGCUAUCCUUUUCCAAGUGGAGCAUUGUGAUAAGAAUAGCACUAGAUUUAGACCGGUCAUUUUAGUUUAGAGAUUCUGUUCAACAGAAUAAGUCACAAUGAUUGGGAACAUAGUUUGUAAUUAACUAAAAAUGGCAAUGAAUGUGCCAAAUUAAAUUGCUCAUUUAACUGUUUAUUAAUUAUGUUAAAAAUGACAUUAAUAAAUCAUUUAUCAUAUAUUUUAUUAACAAA